UUCCACGAAGUACCCGCCCCAACACACUUCCAUGAAGUAGCUGCCCCCGCACAAUUUGUACCAGCUCCUGCUCCCUUCGUUCCUGCACCAGCUCCUCUACUACCCGCCCCAGCUCCCCUUUUACCCGCACCUGCUCCCCUCCUCCCCGCUGCUCAUGCUCACUUUGUCCCUGCCCCCGCUCCCGUAGUACACACCCAUGUGUUGCCUGCCCCAGCUCCAGUUGUACCCGCUCCCGUUCAAAUUACCAAAAUCCUACCUCCCGUCUUCGAAGCUAUCCCCUUCACUGCUCAUGUGCCCAGUUACCGUGCCAUUCCCGGACCCAAGACCACCACCCAUCAUGUCUCUGUUGGUUAUGCUUUCCCUCAUGCCCAUGCUCACAGUCAUGCCCAUUUCGCCAAAGCCAUAGUUGCACCACCUCAUCAUCAUCACCAUGCUCAUUUGCAUGCUGCCCCCUUGGCCAUAGCCCAUCAUCACCACACCCUUUUCUAAAAGGUUCCCUUUUGUUGUAGUUAUGCCCAGUGGCAUGCAAAAGGUC